UGCAACCGGCAGAGCUGACUAGCAGCAAAACUGAUCCAGAUGGGCAUUGUAACCAGCAGAUGCUACACCAAGCACUUGAUAGAUCUCAGCGAGCUAAGGGCCAGAAUCUCUCUUCUGGAAUCCGAGAACCAGCACAGGGAAGCGGGGUUCUCAUCUGAAAUGAGGAAGCAGAGGGAGGUGGUGGCCGAGUUGGAAGAAAGGUGAAGGAAGAGACGGACAAGGUGACGAGGUCGAAGGCGGAAGCCAUUGGUGGUUGUGGAUGCCAUGGCUGGCAUCUCCAUAAGGAUUAUUUUGAAUAUAUGCAGGAAGAGCAGAGGAGGGAGGAGGCAACGGUGAAGUGGAAGCAGCUCUACCUUGCUAUAAAGAUUGAGCUUGAUGAUCUCAUUCGGAGGACAAGAGAAGGAGAUAGGUACUGCUGCCGAGCUAAAGGACUUACAGCGCAGGGACUACUGAGAGAGUUGAAGGCUAAAAAUGAGGCUUUAGAAGCUUUCGGAACAAAGUUUGCGGCCAUGAAAAAGGAAGGAGCAAGAAGAGAGAGGGAGAUUGACAUACUGAGGCAGAGUCUUAGGAUUCUAACCAGCUCCAUGGGAACUAGAGGGAGGAGAAGCAUGAAAAACGCAAAUUCAUAUAUAACUGUAGAAGCGUAUUUGUAAAAUUGAUGAAUAGUGCAAA